UCAUCUCUCAGUCCUCUGCCAACAUGACGGACGUCCACACACUUCUGCUCAUCUGCUCUUUGAUGGGCGUGUCCCUGAACCUUCCUGAAAGCUCUGCCCACAGCUCUAACCCUUUCUCUGGCCAACAUGCCCCACCCCCUGACCCCUGCUAUGACGACACAGGCUCUGCCCGCCGAUGCAUCCCGGAGUUUGUGAAUGCUGCAUUUGGACAGGAAGUAGUUGCGUCCAGUGUUUGUGGACGCCCUCCUUCGCGUCACUGUGGUGUUGUGGAGCGUGAACAGCGCCCCCCGGUGCGCUCCUGCAGCAUGUGUGAUGCCUCAGACCCCCGACUAGCCCACCCAGCCUCCUACCUCACUGACCUAAAUUCUGCCCACAAUAUGACCUGCUGGGUGUCAGAGAACCUGCAGGGGUCACCGCUGAACGUGACGCUCACGCUUUCACUGGGGAAGAAGUUCGAGAUAACCUACGUCAGCCUGCAGUUCUGCUCUCCUCGGCCAGACUCUAUGGCCAUCUACAAGAGCAUGGACUACGGCCGCAGCUGGACGCCCUUUCAGUUUUACUCUUCCCAGUGCAGACGCGUCUAUAACCGGCCAAACAGAGCCAUAAUCACCAAACAAAACGAACAGGAGCCGCUGUGCACUGACAGUCAUACUGAUCCGGCGCCACAGAGCGGCGCUAUCAUCGCCUUUAGCACGUUGGAUGGACGACCAUCAGGAAAGGACUUUGACUCCAGCCCUGUUCUGCAGGACUGGGUGACCGUCACCGAUAUCCGUGUGGUUUUUAGCCGGCCACAAACACCCAGGGAAUUGCCCCUGCCAGGCAGAGAUGGGCAGGAGCCCCCUGGGGCACCCACCCUAGUGCCCACCUACUACUAUGCAGUGUCUGACUUCCAGGUGGGCGGCAGGUGUAAGUGCAAUGGCCACGCCUCCAGGUGUGUGAGGGAGAAAGAGGGAAAACUAGUGUGUGACUGCAAACACAACACGGAAGGUCCAGAGUGUGACCGCUGCAAACCCUUCCACUACGACAGGCCCUGGCAGCGUGCCAAUGCCCGCGAAGCCAACGAGUGUCUGCCGUGUAACUGUAACCUGCAUGCCCGGCGGUGCAGGUUUAAUAUGGAGCUGUUCAAACUCUCAGGCCGGAAGAGCGGAGGAGUCUGUAUGAACUGCAGACACAACACGGCCGGCCGACACUGCCACUACUGUAAAGAGGGCUACUUCAGAGACAUGAGCAGACCCAUCACACACAGGAAGGCGUGCAAAGCUUGUGACUGCCACCCGGUGGGAGCUGCUGGUAAAACGUGUAAUCAGACGACGGGUCAGUGUCCAUGUAAAGACGGAGUGACCGGCGUCACCUGUAACCGCUGCGCUAAAGGCUACCAGCAGAGCCGCUCACCUGUAGCACCCUGCAUCAAGAUUCCUGUGAUUAACCCGACAGCAGUGGUCAGCAGCACUGAAGGACCAGCAGACUGUGAGUCCUACUGUAAACCAGCCAAAGGCAACCUGAAGAUCAACAUGAAGAAAUACUGCAAGAAAGACUACGCGGUGCUGGUCAGUGUGCUGGACAUGGAGACGGUGGGCGACUGGGCGAAGUUUGCGGUCAGCCUGGUGUCAGUGUAUAAGAGCAGAGAGCCGCUGAAGAGAGGAGAGAACCUGCUGUGGGUCCACAUGAAGGACUUGGCCUGCAAGUGCCCACGCAUACAUAUGGGCAAACGCUUCCUCAUCCUGGGCUCCAGAGAGGGCGGGGCCAGCCCGGAGCGGGCGGGGCUAGUGGCCGAUAAGAACAGUCUGGUCAUCCAGUGGCGGGACGUCUGGACCCGGCGGCUCCGCAAGUUCCAGCGCAAGGAGAAGAAGGGCAAGUGCAGCAAUGCAUGAUGGGACUGCAUGGCACCCCCCCUGCCAUCUGACUUCUGUGACCUUUGACCCCACAUGCGCACAUGCGGGAGACUGUGGCCUGUGUGUGUGCGGUGCGGGGCUGUGUGUGGACUGGAUUGUUGGUCAGCCUUCAGAAGGGACCAUAAAAAAAGAAAAUAAAGACUGAUACACAAACCACUAGCAUUACACACACUGUGCGUACAUCAAACACAGAGCCAGACUGCUACACCACUGCUACACCAGCACCAGAGCACCACACCACUACCGUUCCACACCAUCUACAGCUGUAACCGUACACAGACUUACAUUCGACACGAUUUCUGAUUCUGAGGUCAAGAUUUGAUAUUUUCUGUGUUUAAAUGUUCUUGAUUCUGCAGAGCUCUAAUUCAGUUAAACACAGGUUGGUUUGGCUCAGAUAAAUAAAAGUUCUCCAAUAGAACCAUUUCAGCUCCUGCUGCGCUGCCCUCUCACCCCAAAAGUAGGCUUCCAGAAAGCCCGGUCAUCAAGAGGUCACAAGUUCAAUCCUCAGUGAUGCCACAGUCCUCCGUAAACAGGAGUCCAAGAAAGUAUAACUGUCCUCUCUCUCUCUGGGUGGUUAGGGUGGUCCUUCCUCUCCCCUCAUCACUGAGCAUGAUGCUAGCUAACCUGGGCGUCUGUUAGCUGACAUAACAGAAUUAGCAGUUAGCACUUUCUACAAUACAGAUGCAAAAAGUACAGUGAUGACAGGAACAGUGGUGUAGAACAAAUUAGAAAAACAGGCCAGCAUAGCAGGGGAAACAGAUAUUACACGGUUUUCAGGUUUUACAGAACAAAAUUUGGCUUUUUCUCCAAAAAUGUCCUGGUGUAUAUGUGGGUCUUUUAUUGAGGUCAUUAGAUGUCAUCCCAAAAAAUGAUAUGUUUGAUACUUAGUUUAAAAUUAAGUCUGAUAUUUUUUAGUAUAGAGUUAUUCAAAUCAGUCCACAAAGUCUGGGUGUAUUAGCAUUCCCAAAAGAAAUGUGUUGAAGUUUGUAUAGUUAGCAUCCAAUCAUGUUGAGCUCCACUGAUGCACCAUUAGAAGCAGUUUGAAAAGAUGUGGUGGAGCUUCAAGUGUUUCAGAGGAAACACAUGCUGGCCUUCAUCUUCCCAGCUUGGUAGUCUUGUACGAUGGAGGGAGACCUAGCUU